AUGGCCAAGGUCUCCUUCAUUCCUGAGCAGCUGUUGUUGUGGAUUCUGUAUAUUGAUGCUAGCUGCCGUCCUAUUGGUCUUACCGAUUCACUUAACGACUAUGUGGCCCAGACUGGGAAUCCCGCUUUGCAGCCGGACCAUCUUCAUCGUUGUGCCCGUCUCUGGGGCCGGUGCUUUUGGGGCGAGCAAUAUCCCGACGAGGAAGUUCUGGACGAUAUUGAAAAUUAUAGAGCUUUAGAGCUAUUGCAUGUGGGAUUUUGCCUACGCCACCGGACUUGGAAAGUCCUCGUCGAGUCAGCGGCUGGUACCGCCGAGUCCGCAGAAGCCCUUUUCCGUGAAAUCCUCGCUACCCGAGAAACAUUCUCUGACCUUUUUAUCACCGCGAGAUUUGCGGGUAGUGUGUCCGCUCGACGUACGCUCAAUACCAUAUACAUGGCCGUUUCUACCUUCUACGCCCAGAUCCUCCUCCACCGUCGGCUUCUCUGCGUCGAUGCUUUGCCUCUAGGCAUCCACCAACAAGCUACCGCAGGGAUCAUUGACAUCUGUCAAAAACAAUUCUUGUCUGACCCGAAGCUCCUUCGGCGGUUACACUGGCCGCUGUUGAUGGCAGCGAUUGAAACCAAUGAUAUAACGCAUCAAAGGUGGCUCCGUCAGCGUCUAUGGGAACUGCGCGACUUUCAUUCCGAGUUUAUUUGGGCGCAUGAUGUGGCCGAGCAGAUCCUAGCCCUGCAAGACGUGAGCCAGGGACGGUAUGUCAAUCUGGCCGAUUUCUUACUAAAGCGCUUUCAUGCGCAGUGA